UACGUACUGUGACGAGUCGUGUACGUGUACAAUGAAAACAGGAGAAAGAAAAACGAAAAUAUAUAUGUAAAAACUACUUGCCGAGAGAGGAUAGUCAAAAUUAAUUGUGUCGAUGUCGUCCGAGCACUAACUAACGUCAAAAAAAUACCCAAAAAUAAGCAAUAAAAAAUAUAUAGAUAUUGCACAUACUGAACGUUAGCCGUAAACAACAAAGCAGUCAAAAUUAACAUCUUUCUGGAGACGAUCAGCCAAUUGGCUGGCUUUGCAACCAACUGCGACAAUAUGCAGCUGUUAAUUUCAAGUGUUUGCAUGGCGCUGACGAGCGCCGUAAUUGGCAACGCCUACUACCAAAAACAGCAGUUCUACCCGGCCGUUGUCUAUAUAACCAAAUCUAAUGCAUCCAUGGCGGUCAUUUAUAUACAAUUCUUUGUGAUAGUAUUUAUGUUUGGCAAGCUUUUGCGCAAGAUUUUCUUAGGCACUUUACGAGCUGCGGAGUUUGAGCAUUUGCUGGAACGUUUUUGGUAUGCGCUAACAGAGACUUGCUUAGCUUUUACUGUUUUUCGCGAUGACUUCAAUCCACGAUUUGUUGCAUUAUUUACUGUGCUCCUAUUUCUCAAAUCAUUCCAUUGGCUGGCCGAAGAACGCGUCGACUUUAUGGAGCGUUCUCCUGUCCUAGGUUGGCUAUUUCACAUACGCGUCGGUAGUCUGCUUACCAUGCUAGGCAUACUCGACUAUGUGUUGCUCAUGCAUGCCUACAAUUCAACCUUGGUUCGUGGUCCCACAGUGCAGCUUGUCUUUGGCUUCGAGUAUGCUAUUCUGCUGACUGUCAUCGCCAGCACAGCUAUCAAAUAUGUUCUGCAUGCUGCUGAGAUGCGCACCGACACUCCCUGGGAGAAUAAGGCUGUGUUUCUGCUGUACACCGAACUGGUUAUUGGUCUCAUCAAAGUGAUCUUGUAUCUGCUGUUUGUGAUCAUCAUGGCAAAGAUCUAUGCGCUGCCCAUGUUUGUGUUCCGACCCAUGUUCUUCACCAUACGCAACUUCCGCAAGGCGCUAAAUGAUGUCAUAAUGUCGCGCCGCGCCAUUCGCAACAUGAACACGUUAUAUCCGGAUGCCACGCCCGAGGAAUUACGUCAAUCGGACAAUAUUUGCAUUAUUUGUCGCGAGGAUAUGGUUAAUCACUCCAAGAAACUGCCCUGCGGUCAUAUCUUCCAUACCACCUGCUUGCGCUCAUGGUUCCAACGGCAGCAAACGUGUCCCACUUGUCGUUUGAACAUUUUGCGUGCUCCUGCUUUACCGCGUGCCGCUGAGGAACCAGCGAAUGCUGCAGCUGCCCCAGCUGCAGCAGCAGCUCAAACUGGUGUUGCAGCAGCGGUCAAUGUUGCAGCAAAUACAUUGCCGGGAGCAGCAGCUGCAGCUGCAACGGAUGCGCGUUUGCCACAAGCAAAUGGCAAUGCGGGCAGAAAUCCCAUUUUUCUGCCAAACUUCGCGGAACUUUUCGGCAAUGCCAAUAACAUACCCAACGCUUUGUCCAAUCCGCCACCCGCUAUGCUGCCUCCCUUCAUGUCGCAGCCACCAUUUGCUUACUUUACGCCACCCAUUGGACCACCGCCUCCCAUGCCUUCGGAUCUAACGCGUUUCAGCGAUGCCGAGUUGCUCGCCAUGGAGGGAACACAGCGCAAGCACAUUGAGGAGCGUCUGAAGAUGCUACGCAAUACUAUGCUAAUGCUGGACUCGGCCAGCAUCUUGAUGCAACAGUAUCAGGGACUAAUGGCACGUUUGCCGCCCCCUACAAUACCCCUACCAACAGCAGGAACCGCUGCAGCGACAGCAACAACAGCAGCAGAUGUGCCGACUGUGGAACCAACAGCUGCUGCGACUGCAUCCGUCUAUGACACAGCAGCGAGCACAUCGAGAGCAGCAGCGGCAGCUGCGGAGGCGACAGCACAACAAAUAAGCGUAACAGCCACAAAUAGCAAGACGGAGCAAGUGACAAUUGAGGAUCUGGGCGCCGAGGAGGAUGAUCUCCCCUCAACGGAGGCAGCUAGUUUAGAUGUGGAGACCGAGGAUAGCUCGGAGUUGAGUGAAUUGCGCAAACGACGCUUGAAAUUUCUGGAGGAGCGCAACAAAUCGCCAAAUAGCAGCGACACAACGGAUUAGAUCUGGAAUGGAACUGAAUUUAAUCAACCGCAGUAAAAACAGCCUUAAGGCUUAACUCGUCCUAACACACACAUACAAAUACACAACACACACUCACACAGACACAUGCAUGUACACUCAUUAAUUCAAUGUGUAUUCUAUGAAUGGAUAUUGAUGAUAUGUUUCUACUACUUUGACCUUAAUCUUUAUACAAAAUCUCUGAAUUUUUGUUAUCCUCUGGUUUUGGUUUCAUUUGUUUCUUGGGAAGAAUAUUGUUGAUAUCCAUUUUCAAGAAGUGUUUGUUGUAGGCAUUAUUCUGCUAAAGUGUGAAACGAGCGUUCUGGUUAUAGCAUGGCGUGCAAGAUUCAAUAUAUAUACAUUCUAUAUAUAUAUAUGUUUUGUGUAAAAAAAAAAAAAAACCAACUAA